AUGGAAUCCUUAGUCUAUGAGGAUUCGCCUUUGGCAGAUUAUCUCGAGGGCGAGGGUGAGCGAGAACAAUAUUGGACGCCACAAGAUAUUGAUUUUGAUAUGGGAAACGAAGACGCCGUCCCGAAUUUCGCCCCAAGGGGAGCCUCGUCGUUACAAAGUCGCAUUCGAAAACAAAUUCCUGCACCGUUGGUAUUACCUUCGCUAAAGGAUAAAGGAACACUUAGAAAGAUCCAUCGUACAUGCUUAUCCGCCGUUAGCUCUCAUAUCGGGAAACACGACAAUGAAAGAUUCUUGGAACAAUUCGGUUACGUGAUCGUUGCUUCAAAUCUGUUGGAUGAAUACAAUGCUUCUUCUCAUGUAUCUGCAACCAAGAAUACGCUCUCGAAUGCAGCUGGCUACGAACCUCUUUCAUUUUCAACCACGGUCGGUCUAACCGGGGCAGUUGUCACCGCUGCCACAUCAUUUUUAAUAGUGGGUUUAAUCCACUGGAGUCGUUCACGAUCAAGCUCGGGUUUAAACUCUAAACGAGUCGUUAUACUGUUAAUCGUAUUACCACUUGUUGGGGUGGUGUUUUACGCCUUUGCAAGGCGCCAGUGGCUCAAGUUUGUGAGACAUCAAGCUGUUCAAGGAGCAUCUCUGUUCAUCAACCAUGCCCAAAGCUUCGAUUCAGUCGUAUCAUCAUCUGUUUUAUUUAUUCAAGAGGUGGAGCUUGUUUCAAGAGGAUACAGGAUAAGCACGCCUUUACCCCCAAUCAGUCGACUAGAGGAGACAACUCAACUCCGGCGAUGCCUGAGACUGCGUCGUACUAUCUCCGAGUGCUUGGUUUCCAUGCUUGCGCGAUAUGUUGAGUCACAACACAAUAUUAGACAGCUUACUGAUUCCGCCAACCUGGAGAAGUACUAUGACAUCUAUGAGAUAUCCACAGAGGAGCUGACCGAUGCAAGUUCGGCUCCACUAGAUUGUAUAGUAGAUGAUCAGUACUCACUAAGGUUCCUUCGAACACUAUUUAGCCGACUAUACACAGUGCGAAAGAGCAUAUUAUGCUGUCUAUUGGCUCUCAAAGCAGGAGGGAGUGGUGCAGACAUUGUCUCUUGGACUUCUGCAGUGGAGGAGAUGCACACCUUGUCAACAGCUACAAGCAAUGCAACGAAUAAAAUUAUUGACAUACUCAAUGAACAAGACCGCGACAUUCCCCCGCCGUCACCGCUUGCCUCCGCCUCAUCAACUGGUCGCGAUACUCUUCGCGCACAGGCUCGACGACUGAAUUCACUCUCGCAAGGCAUCCGAGCUCUCCACGCCAAAAUGCACGUGAUGCGAGAAGAAUCAGAUGGGAAUAUUCCCCAAGAAGCGACUGAGCAGGACAUUGGAGUUUCGUUGAUGGCGCAAUAUGAAUCCAUCGGCUCCGAUAUCCGAGGGCUUUUACAGGAAUGGGAAGCUGGAAAGGCUGCAUUGCUCAACUCUUUGGAACAGCCUGGUGAGUCUGAGCGAUUCUCUCUCGCAUCAAGCGAUGCGAAACUGCCGUUAUCCCCAACGAGCAGUUUGGGGGGUCUGACGGCGGUAGAUGGUAGCCCAACAAGUGCUCUUAGGGCCCUGAAUGGAGAAAUUCACUCUCCGUCUAACACAGAAAAUUUGAACGAAAUUGAGGAGAUUCUUGAAGCUAUCGUCAUGCCCACUUCCCGGAAACGACAAUCACUAACGCGUGAGGAGCGCAUUGCCCGGGUGAAAGAAGACAGAGCGCAACAGGCUGCAGCUCGAGAGAGAGUGGACGCCAGUACGAACAUGCUCAAAGAGCUUGAAACGGUCAUCAAGCAUCGGCCUCAAAUGAAAAAGAGCCAGCGGAUAACAAGUAUCUGA